UCCUCGAGCUCACCUCACACCUUCAUGGAAUUGACCCCUCAUGCCACCUUCUAUAAAUAGCGCGCAAACACUUUCUACUACAUAUCAUCUCAAGAGAGAAAAAGAAUCAAGCACACAUAGCGCAUCCACACAUUCGAGAAAGAAACAGCAAGGUCUCAUCAAACAAUUGAAGCUUCAUACAGAACAGGUGGCAAUGGCGGCAGUGUCCAAGAAGGCUCUGGUGACUACGGCUGUUCUGGCGUUGGCCGUUCUGGCCCCGAUUGUCGCCGGGCUGGUGCCGUACGGCGUCAGCAGCGGGCUGUGGGACCUGCUCGACGACCCGUUCCGGGUGCUGGAGCAGACCCCGCUCGCGGUGCAGAGGCCGGCGUCCGCAGGCGGCCCGGGAGGGUCCAUCACGUCGGCGGUGGCGCUGGCGAGGUGCGACUGGAAGGAGACGCCCGACGCGCACGUCAUCUCGCUCGACGUGCCCGGGGUGAGGCGGGAUGACGUGAAGCUGGAGGUGGAGGAGAACCGGGUGCUGCGGGUCUCCGGCGAGCGCAAGGCGGACGAGGAGAAGGAGGGCGAGAGGUGGCACCGCGCCGAGCGCGCCGCGGGGAGGUUCUGGCGCCGGUUCCGCAUGCCAGCCGGCGCCGACGUCGACCGCGUUGCCGCGCGCCUCGAGGACGGCGUGCUCACCGUCACAGUGCCCAAGAUUGCCGAGCACCAAAGGCGAGAGCCGCGCGUCAUCAACAUCGCCGGGGAGGAUGCCAACAGCGGCGGCAAGGGCGCGGACGCGGAGGUCAGGCCGUCGAAGGCCGAGAUGUGAGCUUUCGUGUACCUUAAGGGCGUGAUUGGUUGCCUGGGUGGCUUUAGCCUGCAUCGCACGAGGGAUCCUGGGUGAGCGUGGCCUGGCUGAGCUGAUGCAGAGAUUGGUUGAGAAGUGUGUUUGGUGCACUGUAUGAUAUUGUUGCAUGAAAGAUGCUAUAUACAAUAGAUCUUAUUUGGUAGACUGCAUUUGAGCUUAAUUCUGUGAACCUUUCUCUUUCA